ACUUCACAUGUUCUUACUUUUAGCACUAAUCAAUGGCUUCUCUUAAGCUCUUCAUUAUUGCUUUUCUCUUGCUCAUGAUUCUUGCAAGAACUCAACUUGCACAAUGCAACACUUUGAAGGCCAACAUCUCUUGCCUUGAUUGUCAAUCCAACUAUGAUUUCUCAGGAAACAUGAUCGUAGUGAAUUGCAAGAACGUGAAGAACCUAAGUGUUGCAAUUACCGAAGCGAAUGGAUCAUUCAAAACUACGCUUCCUUCCGACACGUUCUCGGACGACUCCAAAGCAGCUCCAUCCAACUGCAUAGCCAAGCUAAUUGGGGGACCUCAUCAGCUCUAUGCUUCAAGGAAAGGCAUGGCUUCCAGAGUCAUCAAGGGAACCAACUCCAACUUCUUCACCCUUGCCAAUGCUCUCACCUUCUCCACAUGCAAACAUAACACAAAGUGCUUAUCCAUCAAAAAUUUUGUUGCUGAUUCAAAGACCAUUGAUUUACCUCUGCCACCUGAGUGGGGCUUUCCACCUACAAGUUACUAUUUUCCUGUGCUUCCCAUCAUAGGCAUUCCUUGAGUUUGAGUAUUAGUUGUUGCUUCCAAUGGGCGAAAGAUUUGAAUCUCGGAGCUCGUAGGAAAGUAUAAAUAUCUUAACAUUGUGUUAUAAUCAUGUUUAAGUAGUAUGGUUAAAUGUUGUAGUUUAAAUACGUUUGUAACGUGGAAAAGAUGAAUUCUAUACACUUGUUAUUAAUAUAUAUGGUCGUCGUAAUCUUUAUGAGA